CCUCUCAGCACUCCGUAUUUGUUUACAUUCGCAGCCUGUUGGAAACUAGCCAUUUACAGACAGUGUAGGAAACAAUAAAACGCAUUAAACGAUAUCUGAAUCUCAAUGUACAUAUAAUAACUCGAUUAUCAUACAGCAAUAUGCUAUAGUUUAUAUAUAUAUAUAUAUAUAGUUAUAAUAAAUGAUUUAAAGGGAUGCCAGCCGUGCAGAGAGCGAACACGUGGGAGAUAUCAGACUCAGAGGAAGAGAGUGAUUUAAAUAAACCAUCAUCUUCAUCAUCAGGAGAGAAGAAGAAGAGGAGGAGGAGGACACGAGAGGAGGUGCAGGAGGAGCAGGAGAACAGAAGAGCUGCCAGAGAGAAACAGAGACAGGAGAAGAACAAGCUCAAAGAGGAGAAACUAGAAGAGCAGCAGAGGAGGAGAGAGGCAGCGGUGAGAGUGAGUCUGUUCAAACCGGAGAACUUCAUCAAGAGUCUGACGCUCCAGAUUCACGCAGCGCUGCUGCGGGACGCUGGCUGUGAUGUGUUACUCGGGACUCUGGAUGGGUUACAGUGGAAGAACUGUAUAGAGAAUCAAGGUCUUCCCAACAGCAUCAGCUGGACACGACCAGCCCUUCAGACUGAAGAUGAAGCUAAAAAUGGAGUUAUUGAAGAAGAUCAGGUCCUGAUGGUGAUCUCCCAUAAUGAGUUUGAGGACAUGGUGAUGUCACAUAAAACUGAGACCAAUCAGCAGGCUCCCAUUGGUGUUGUGUAUGAGGAGGCGGAGUCUCUGUUGCAGCAUCUUUAUAAAUACUUGACCGAAGCCUCAAGGAAAUUUGUCACAGUUUUGGUGAUCAGUCAUCAGCAGCGAUCAGGAUCUGGGGAUGAAGAUCAUUUUGACUUUCACCUCAGUCAGCAUCAUCUGGACACAGAAGCGCUGCUGGUUCACCUCCAGCUCUACUGGAAUGUGUCGGUGAACUUCCUGUUCGGCUGGCAGGAAGUGACCGAUCAUGUGGUUGCAGUUACCAAAGCUGUAUCUAAGAGACCUUACAAGGCGUUGUGUGGUGAGCCUGAUCUGGGGUUCUGUAUGGACGGCUCGUGGUCAGCAGGUGUGCGUGUGGACAGAGACGGCCGCGGUCUCACUCAGGUGUGGACACGUCAGAUCCAGCAGCUGAACCGAGUCAGUCCAGCUCUGGCCAAAGCUGUGACGAGUGUCUAUCCCUCUCCAUCUCUCCUGCUGCAGGCCUAUGAGCAGCAGCCGUCUGACGAGGAGCGACGCAGACUAUUGGCUGAUCUCACUGUGGUGGGCGGAGCCAAAGAGAGGCGUGUUGGUCCUGAGCUCUCUGGCCGAAUACAUCGCCUUCUCACUUCCCAGAAUCCUCAUCUGAUGCUGGAUUAAGGCCAGAUUUUUGGGAGAGAAAACUCAUUUUGCACUUUAUCGCCAGUAUAGAAGACUAACCUUCUUCUAUAAGCUUGUCCCUCAAAUUAUUGCAUAUAUUGACUUCAUAGAUAUGCCAUCAAUACUUGAAAAUUAAACACUAAUUAAACAUUCUA